CGCGAGCGGCUUCACUGUGCUGGACACGAUUGUGCCGUUACCAUCGCAUCACCUGUUUCGCUUCAGCAUCGAAGACCCUCAGGGCCUGCACACAAUAGGAGAAAUGAUGACGGGCUUCAAAGGAAAGGUUGCUCUGAUCACAGGUGCUUCGGCGGGAAUUGGCGAGAGCACUGCCCUGCAUUUUGCCUCCCUUGGCUGCUCACUUUCCCUCACGGCACGGAACAAAGCAGCACUUGAUGGCGUUGCUGAGGCGUGCUCCGCUAAUGGGCUCUCAAGCGACAAGGUACUCGUUGUACCUGGAGACAUAUCGAUCGAAGAGGAUGUAGCCGCUGUAGUGGAAAAGACAGUGAAACACUUCGGAAAAAUUGAUAUUUUGGUCAACAACGCGGGAUUAUUUAUGGAAGGACACACAGAGACUGCGACGUUGCAACAAUAUGACAGCGUUUGGAAUGUCAACCUUCGCGGUACGCUUUGUGUGAUGCGACACGCUCUGCCCCAUUUGCGUCAAAGCAAAGGCACCAUUGUCAACGUUUCCAGUGGUGCAUCGUCGAUUGUGGUGAGCAACAUGACGCCGUACAGCGUGACGAAAGCAGCCCUGGAUCACCUGACACGAUGCGCGGCAUUUGAGAACGCUCCAUAUGGCGUACGGGUAAACGCGGUCAACCCUGGAGUCAUCAACACAACCUUUUGGACGCUACCUGGAGUCAACGCAGAGGAACGAAAAGAGUUCCUGGAGAAGACAGCAGGCAGCGCGCAUGCGCUCGGCCGAGUGGGAACAGCAAAGGAGGUUGCUUGCUGCAUCGCCUUCCUGGCUUCGGAAGAUGCCUCGUUCGUAACUGGAAUAACGAUGCCCGUGGAUGGAGGUCUGCGACUCGUGUCCCGCCUCACGGGUCCAAACUCUUGGCACAUUGAGUAGAAGACUGCGCUACAACAAUGCAAGAGGCUCCUACGCGAGGGCUCCAAGCUUUGAUAAACAGCAGCGUAGAGCGAAAUAAUGUAUAGGUGCAGCUUAGAAAAAAAUAAAGCUCUCGAGCAUCACACACACACAAAAAAAAUAUUUGCGUUCUGCGGCUCGUUUUUCUAGGUCUCAUGUGACUUUUGUUUGUUGCCACAUGUGUAUUCAAGUCAUUCAAGCAGAAUAGCUACACUGUGACACAAUAUUUCAGUACACGAUGGGCACCUUGAUCAAAUUCAGAGCGCCGCCACAAUGUCAGCAUACGAGGAUCCUUCAGUAAAUACUGAGACUGAAGCUCUGAAAUGUUUAUUUCUUAA